AUGGAUCCAUUUGGGAUUUUAGUUGCAGACGUCCACGAUUUAAUUUUUCAACAUUUUAAUGCCACUGAUGUCAUUAAAAGUUCAUUAGUUUCAAAAUUGUGGUUCAAAACUAUUGGAUCGUCUAGUGAAUGCAUGCAACACAUUUGGUUGAACAUCGACAAUCCAUCAACUCAAAUUAAUGUUCUUGAAAGGUCAGCAAGAAAAUAUGAGAAUUUCCGCAUUCAACCUGGGUCAAGGGCGAAACUCGCCAAGGUUAUAAAUAAAUUUAGACCAAAGAUUGCGAUGAUUACAGACAAUCACAACGAGGAGAUAGAACACGAAGAUUACGUGCAGUUCAUGAUGUCAAUGGCACCGACAAUUGAGCAAUUACAUCCAGGUGAAGCUUCAACUACGAAGCCAGCUAAAUAUAAAGCAAUUAAUUUCCCAAAGCUCAAGGAACUUCAAUUAACUGUCGUUGAUCGAUCAGCUUUUUCAAUAUUCCUGGGAUCAAAUCCAAAACUCACAAAAGUUCUUCUUUCGUUCAGUGCUGAAGUGUUAACAGAAUUUCUCGUUCCUACAAACAUCAUUCAUGAUUUUCUCAGAGAAAAUCGUCAGAUUGAAAGUCUUUGGCUGUGUGAAAUCGAUUGUACAUUUCAAUCGGACUUGACACAAAAUAUUCAUCUUGAUCUAAAAACUUUUGCAUUUGGAAAAACAAGUUCGAGCUUUACAGAUAAGGUGAAGGCGAACUUUGUGAAGUUCGUGAAAUAUCAGAAGAGUCUCGAAUGGUUGAAAGUGUUGUGUCUUCAAGACAUCGAGGUCUUCUUAGAUCUUUGGAGUGAUGGAAGCUUUAAGAAACUUUUCAUAAUGGAGUGCAGUUUCAAAGGUGCGAUGUGCAAUCGUGUGCUUCCAAUUAAUCAAACGAUUGAAGAGAUCAAUUUCUACCUCAACCCAUCGUGUCACGUCUUAACGUUCCUUCGAGCUACACCAAAUCUUAAAAGCUUCAAGAUUCGACAGUUGAGUAAACAAAUCUUACAAUUUUCCAUUGUGAACUUACCAAAGCUUGAGUCCAUUCAAUUUCAAAGUAUUGAGAAAGGUGUCACAUGUUUCUACAAACAAUUGAAGACUUCAACAUCUGAUGACAUGAAUCUUCAAAUAAAUCUGGAAGAAAUGGAUUUCUACGAGUUUGUUGGUCGUGAUGCAACAUUUUAA